AGCCCAUCGCUUCCUCCUGAACACUUCUCUCGUGUGUUUGUCUGCACCCUGCAAGAAGAGGCUUGGGUGUGCUCUUGAGCUCAGUGUUCAGCUCGCCCUGCGCUUCGAGAGGGCCUGUAAGGUCUUAAGACCUGUUGCAGCCUCUGGAUAUAAACCCCCCUUUGUUGGGGGGAGGUUGACUUGAGUGAGGCGCAUGAUCAGAGUCAGGUGAUGAUAUUGGGCACAGACCCAGAGGAGCGUAAACACUUGGGUGUAGGAGACCAGCGGCUGGUCUUGCCUCCCAACGAGCUGUGUUAUUCCGUGGGGAAAAUGAGUGCCUGGGCCCCUCCUCUGCUCUGGAGCUUAACCACGGCGUGUUUAACGGGUAUUGCUUUAGGCCAGACAACCACCAAUGAGGUCCCCACUGCAUCAACCCCAGCACCUCCCGUUGCAACCACCAGUGCAGCCUCUGCCCCCCCAGGUGCCACUGCCACGCUCCCAGCUGGGGUGGCCUCAACCACUGCAGCCCUCAUUGCAUCCACAGCAGCACCGUCUGCUGCUCCAAGCACAAACCCUCCUGCUCAGGCUGUGCCCACCACCAUGGAUGUGGCCAUCCUCGCCUCCGGCAGCACCAGCACCUCCCAGGUGCAUACAGGACCGAUGCCUGCAGCCACCAGUGCAUCCCCUCCAGGCAUGACCACCUCUGGGGUCCCACCAGCAGCUCCAUCCCUCACCACCGCCAAGCCCUUAAACUGCAGCAUGGUGAACGUGACAGCCUGUGCCCGCUGCGCCCCAGGGACAGUUCCCAAUGGAGGCACCUUGAGCUGCUCGUGCUGUGCGGGGGGCUCGUGCACAGACCCCAGUGCCUGCACCCCCUGCCCUCAGGGCCACUACCAGCCCCAGAGCGGGCAACCAUCGUGCCUGCCUUGUCCGCGGGGGCAUUACACCAACCUCACAAGGAGCACUGCCUGCAUCCCCUGCCCGCCCGGCCACUUCACCAACGAGACCGGGGCCGCAGCCUGCAGAGCCUGUGACAAAGGCUAUUUUAGCUCCAAGCAGAAUGCAGCUUUCUGUCUGCCUUGCCUGCCUGGAUCAUUCUGCAACACCACCAGCUGCCCUGUGUGUCUGCCCUGUCCUGCGGGGCAAGAGGCUCUUCAGGAGGCGUCGGAGCAGUGCGUGCCCUGCCUGCCAGGCACGUCCAGAGGUCCCAGGGACACCAAAUGCAAGGUCUGCAGGACAGGAGAGUACCAACUGCAGCAGGGCCAGGAGCGCUGUCACCUGUGCCCCGAAAAUCACUUCUGCCCCAGCCCUGAUGUGAACCCAGUCAAGUGCCCUCCGGAUGCCUUCUGCCCCCCGGGCAGCGCUGAGCCCACGUACUGCAUGGAGAUCUUCCUCUACAAGGGAGGGGACUCCUGCCAGCUCAGCCCCCUCACGGUGGUGCUCCUGGGCAUCUGCUCCGCAGGUGCCAUCCUUGCUGUGUUUCUAAUUAUCCUGAGAAGAACACCGGAACAUAGCAAGAAAUUGCUGAAGUCCCUAUUGCUGCCCAAAGGCUCAGGACAACACACAACUUACGGGGGCACUGAGCACACAGAGCCAGUCUAUGCUGGCUGGUAGAGCAGGAUACACCAUCAGCAAGCACCAAGGAUGUGCUAUCAACAAGCACCCGCUUCUCUAUGGCCUGGGACAAUACAGCUGUGUGUGUAUGAGCAAGAUGUUUAACCAUGUGCAACCUGUUUCUGUAGAGCUAAAAUAAGCGCUGAGAAAUAAAACCCCAUUGUUGAGUUGUGA